UACCGCGUGUGCAUCAGGAAACGUGCAGGAAUCACUCCAAGGCUUCUGCAGAAAUAACGUGAACUUGGGGACUCUUGUCAUGCCAGAUAUGAUGACGUCACGUGUGUAUUUACACAGUGUUGCUUGAAUGAAAAAGUGUGAAGCCUCGUCUCGUGUUCCUCAGUUUACUACAAAAUCAUUGUUUAGUGAGAAGCAGAGUUCCUCAUCUGACACAAAUAGGGCUCCCGCUUGGCACAUCAUCAUGGCGUCGGAUUUCCAGCGGUGCGCCUGCUGUUCCCAUCGCCCGGCAGCACCCAGCGUUCACCAGACCCUGGAGGAGAUGGAGUUCGAAAGAGGUAUUUGGUCUGCUGCCCUGGAUGGCGAUCUGGAUAGGGUCCGUUCAUUCCUCAAUAAGGGUGUGGACCCUAAUGUAUUAGAUCAGGCAGGCUAUACUGCUUUGCACUAUGCAAGUCGCAGUGGAAGCGAGUCUGUGUGCGCGCUGCUACUCAGCCAGAAGGCGUGCCCGAACCCCCGGACCAAAGGCGGUGCCACACCUCUGCAUCGCGCCGCCUACUGUGGGCGUUUAGGCGUGCUCAAACUAUUACUUGAUGCUGGGGCGGAUCCUCUGCUCUGUGAUGAUGAUGGAGCCUCUCCUUUGCAUAAGGCUGCGGAACAGAAUCGUAAGGAGGUGUGUGAACUGCUGAUCCAGUGCUGCCCUGCCCUCAAAAACAUAAAGAACAAGAGAUCUCACGCCCCCUACCAGCUGGUUCAGGAUGGCACACCUCUCUGGGACCUGCUGAGACCUGCUGAGGAUAUAAAGGGCUCCUAAUUUAUAAGACACACUGAGUCACCAGACGAUGCUGCCAACACCCUAAUGAAGGAUUCAACCCUGUUGCUGGACAGAGGAGACACAAAAGGCAGACAGACACAAAAUCUACUUAAAAAAAAAAAAAACUUAAAACAGGUGUUAAAAUUUAAGCAAAGCAUGAACAGAAUGUUCUGUUAGGAUAAGUUUGUAGCUUGAUGUGUAAACUGCUUGCUCAGAGCCCACUACUUUCAUUUUAGCAAUGCUGCAGAUGUUAAUGCAUCAAAGAUUAACUAUCUUACAUUUAUCCGUCACUUUGGGCUUGAUCUUUGACGCUACGUUUCUUGGUCUUUUAUCGACAGCGAUUAUUUUUGACUUCCAGAUGGAACACUAAGACUCUGAGUUAUGCUGGGUUUCACCUGCAGAGAGCAGUAGUCACUCAGCUAUUGGAGGUCUCCCUCUGUAGUUUCUUUGCAGAAAGCAAACGCAUGGACUAUGAGGAUACCAGGUGCAUUAAGACUACAGGGUUUACAGGUGCUCUAAGCUUGUGAAACCAAAGUAACAGACUGAGAAGUGUUUUUCAGGAUGACCUGGGUAAGAAGCAGUUCUGCAAAAAUGACGGACUGAUGAUGGAUUCAUAAAUAAACAGGCAGUAUCUGGAAACAACCUUACACUUUUUUUUUUUCUGCAGUCUUGUGGAACAA